ACAAGGAAGUCAGUAGGUUUGUAAUCUUGGUUCAUAGGAUAUGUGAUAUGUUAAUAAAGAUGUAUAAUUGAUUUCGAUGUAUUUGAGCUAAAUCAAAAACCAAACCCAUUGCUGUCAAGUGGAUUUUAACUCAUAGCAACCCUGAAGGACAGAGUAGAAAUGCCCCAUAGAGCUUCCAGGGAGCAGCUGGUGGAUUCAAACGGCCGACCUUUUGGGUAACAGCCAUACUCUUAACCACUGUACCACCCAGGCUCUGUAUCUGAACUAGAAAGUAUGUAUUACAUCAAGUGUGUCAGGGUGUAAAAAAAAAAUGUUAUGUCUGGAAGUUUGAUAUGUGUUCUUAAGCAUGAAUAUUUUAAAUUAUGACAACAACCUUUAUGUAUAUAUAUAUACAUACAUAUGUAUAUCUUUUUGUAUAUAUACAAAAUUAUGACAACCAUAAUGAGGUAUACAUAUAUAUACCUUUUUUUAUUUAUUCAAAAAGAAACUGGAAAUGAGGAAGUACCUUGCCUACUGCCACUUAGACAUACCCAGUAAUCCAGUGCCAUCAAAUCGAUUCAACAUACAAAACUGCAAUUGUAAUGCAAUGUAGAGGUUAUUUUUGUUACUAUGACAUUCUAAUUUCUAUUUGUAAAAAGCCAUGUUCUUAUAAAUAUUAAUUAAAAGAUUUUUUUCUAGAAAGGUGUAAACUUAGAGGUUUAAGUUGACAGCCUAGUAAUUAUUUUAGUCUUUAUAGUAUCAAAUCUUUGAGGACUUAGACUAUAGUGGAUACUUCACAUACUGGUUGUUUUACAUGGAAAUAACUUAGCUGGCCAAUAAUAUAUUUAUUUCAGUGAAAUCCAGCAUUGAUUAUUAAUAACAUUAAGGGCACUAGGCCUUGCAGAAAAAAAGUAGUUAAAAAACAAUUAGAUAUAAACUAUCUUUACCAUUAUAUUCAUCAACAGCUGUGCCUUUAUUAAUCUACAGCUUCAAAAAUGAUAGAACUCUUGAAUCACCCAGACAUACAGAGUGCUCUUUACACCUGGUUUCUAAAAGAAAGCUCAAAGUUCUUCUGAACAGGUUCUUUCACUUCAAGCAAAUCAAUAAGAUGAUAUCAGCUUGUCUACAUUUGAGGAGUAGCAAUUCAGCAAUUUUUUUGCAAGAAUGAAUAACCCUAAAGAUCGUGUUUCUAUCUAUAUAUGUCUAUUCUCUCUUAUUUGAGUUUGUCUUUAACCAUAAAUGCGAGGGCCUCUGGGGGAUCAGCAUUCUUCUUUUUUUUUCUCCUUGAAUUUUCUUUUCUUUUUCCUGUUUUCCUUCCUUUCCUUUCUUUUUCCUUCUCUCCUUUCUUCCUGUCUUCUCUCCUCUGCUCUUCUUUUUUUUUUUUUUUUUUACUCUCGUCUCCCUACUCCCCUUCCUUUCCUUUCAUCGUUUAUUCUUUAUUUUCUAGGAUGGGCUCUGUGUUUAUUUGUAAUGGUUUCCCAAGAAGCCUCCUAAGUUCAGGGUCUCAGAGGUUGACCUUCCAGCACUCUUUCAGUACAAGAAGUCUUUCUGGAGAUUUCUUAAGAAAGCUAUCCUCACUUAACACAUUAACAUCCCCAUUACCUGUGUAUAUUAAUUCCUUAAGUACAACUUCUCUGCUUCUUGAUUUAAUUCUUCUUUUCUUUCAUUUUCUACUGUUUAGGUCUCCAUCUGAUGCGUGGGUGCAAGUUUUUCCUUUUUUUCUGCUUAACUUUUAUCAAUAUACAUACCGUGACAGGUAGAUAUUAUGAUACAUAUUCAACAAAAUAGAUAAUUCUUAUAAAGUACAGUUUUAUUCAGUGUCCAAAAAUGUGUGUCUCUGAGUUAUAGAUAUAUAACAUCUUUUUAUAAGUAAUACACUUAUUCCUAAUGUGACAAAGAUCCAGAUGAUUUGUUCUGAUCAAAUGUCCACAUAAAAACAUUCAAGAACAAUAAUAAAAAGCUAUUGUUUAUUGAUUCUUUAUCAGGAUCCAGCAGCACUCUAGGCACUUUACAUGUAAAAACACACACACACAAAUUUCAGAGAUAUGUAUGACUGGUUUCCCUAUUUUACAAAUUAUGAAACUGAGGCACAAAGAGGUUUAUGAAUUUGCACAAGGUCACAGAGACAGUAAGCGGUGAAGGUGGAAUUCAAACACAGACAGUGUUGCCCCAGAGUACGCAUUAUUCACCACUGUGCUGUGCGCUCUUUCCAAGGGUGUCCUGGGCCUUAAACAGGUGCACACUGAGUGAGAAAGCUAACCAUUAUUUGGUCACUUGAAUGGUCAAAUUCCAACACUGGCUAGCAUUUUUUAAAGUAACAUUGAUGAGCUUGGAGAUUGUUGUUUAGUUACAAAUAUAUAAAUAGAAACAUCCAGCAGAAUAAAAUAAGAUGGGGUUUCACUGAUAGUAUCACAGACAGUUGGACUAGAAAGGAUUCUAAGAUCAUCUAGUUUGAAUCUUUAUUUUUCAACGAGUAAAUUGAGACAGAUUUGAGACUAAAUGUAGAAAAUAACUAAAACUCAUACCUUCUUACACUGAGUUUGGAUUUUUCCUUUAUGUAUGUUGCUUUUCGGAAUGUGGAGAUUGAAGUUCUGAUUCUGAUCACUCUCAGUGCUUAAGAAGUAUUGUAUAUAAAGCCCUCUUCCGUUGUCCUCUACCUCUCUUUACAGCCUCUAUUUUCUCCCCCAUGGCUACCCAGCUCACCUGCCAUGGAUUUGAAAAAUGCUGGCUGCUAAUGUACUAGUUGUUAAUUGCUAUGUGUCAGUUAACUUCGGUUCAAAAAUGUUUGCUGAAAAUAUAGAUCAUAUUGUAAGGGUACUCACCACAAAUACUAAUACUACCAACUCAAAGUACUGACUGUAUUUCAAUAGAGUAUAGAAGUAUGUUAGGAGUUGUGGGAUAAGCAAAGAGAAAAUGGAAGGCAUUACAGACCUUUAAAAAGAGACAAUCUAUGUCCAAAUAAUUGCUGCAGGUAAGAAUGUACUAAAAAAUUUUGUAGUUAUCUGAUACAUUUCAAAGUUCAGCCUCUUCAAAUUGAAGGAGAGAGUCAUAAAGACAGAAAAACAUUUGAGGCAGGAAGUACCAAAUUUCUAAUAGUGGAAUAUCAUAAUAUUUCGUGAGAUAUUCCUGAAGAGGGGUUAUUUUUGGUGGUAUGUAGAUCAUAUUGUAAAGGGACUCACCACAAAUAUUACCAACUCUAAGUACUGAUUCUAUGUCAGUUCAUUUGUUUACAGUUUAUCUUCGCCACUAGAGAAUGUUUCUUGAAAGCAGAAAUCCUUUCCCUCUUUGUCAUUGCUGACGUCUGUGCCAAGAACUGUCAUGUUUUAUAAAAGGAGUAUUAAAUGAAUGAAAGACUGUUGGACCUCUGACUUAUCUUCUCUAUAGAAGGUCCACUAAGAUUUAGAGGUAGAAGCUCUUAUUCAUAGGCCCAAUCCAGUCAUCUGAGAGGAAGUAGAAUUGUUAAGGGAAGACAUACUGGGAUCUUUGAAAGAGAAACUCAGUAGAUAUUUCUAAAUGUUUUUUACGAAUAAGCCACUGAACAAGAUUAAUAGUGAAGAAGAGCUCCAUGACCUAAUGGACAUAUUCACAGUGGUGUUCAUGAUUUCAUUACAGGUCUUGGUCUUCUGAGCUCUCAUCUCUGAAUUAGGUCUUAUAGAAGAGUAAAUGGGAUACAGUAACAGUGUAACAGAAUUUGUCCUCCUGGGGCUCACGCAGGAUCCUGUUGGCCAAAAAGUGUUAAUUGUUAUGUUUUUGUUCAUUUACAUUGUGACAAUGGUGGGCAACCUGCUCGUUGUCUUGACCGUUGUUGUCAGCCCCUCCCUGGGCUCCCCCAUGUACUUCUUCCUUGCCUAUCUGUCACUCAUGGAUGCUGUUUAUUCCACCGCCAUUUCGCCCAAAAUGAUUCUAGACUUACUCUGUGAUAAAAAGACUAUUUCCUUCCCAGCUUGCAUGGGCCAGCUCUUUAUAAUGCACUUAUUUGGUGGCUCUGAGAUCUUUCUUCCGGUGGCAAUGGCCUAUGAUCGCUAUGUGGCCAUCUGUAAGCCACUGCAUUACUUAAUCAUCAUGAAUCGACAGGUUUGCAUUUUGUUGCCAGUGGCGGCCUGGGUUGGAGGAUUUUUGCACUCUGUGAUCCAACUUCUCUUUGUGCACAGACUCCCCUUCUGUGGCCCCAAUGUCAUUGAUCACUUCAUGUGUGACCUGUACCCAUUAUUGGAACUUGCUUGCUCUGAAACCUAUUUUAUAGUGCUCACUGUUGUUGCCAAUGAUGGAGCCAUCUGUAUGGUAAUUUUUAUCCUUCUACUAAUCUCCUAUGGGGCCAUCCUAAAGUCCCUGAAGACUCACAGUCAGGAGGGAAGGCACAAAGCCCUGUCUACCUGCAGCUCCCACAUCACAGUGGUUGUCCUCUUCUUUGUUCCCUGUAUUUUCAUGUAUGUUAGACCUGUUUCCAACUUUCCCGUUGACAAAUCUAUGACUGUGGUUUAUACAAUUAUUACUCCCAUGUUGAAUCCUUUGAUAUACACUUUGAGAAACUCUGAGAUGAAAAAUGCUAUGGAAAAAACCUGGAGUGGAAAGUUAACCACGUGUAGAAUAAGAAUUUGUGUCCACACUGAAAAUAUCAUUGCUAAUUCUAAAACAAGAAAUAGGCAAUAAACUAUCACAAUGAACAAUUAAGUCAAUUCAAUGGAUUCUCUAGGAAUACUUCCCUUUAUUGAUGCAAAGACAUCCAAAAUGUAGAAUAAAUUAUCUUUUACAUUAGAAUGAAAGUAAUAGAGACAUUCUGGAGGUUGGAUAAAAUCCAUAAGUAUUUUUCCUGUUAUAAUUAAAAAUAAAACUAAGCUAGCAUUGUCAUUUUAUUUUUCUCAGAAUAUACUGAAACAGGGCUUAGAAAAAAAAUUAUUUCCUUUUAAAGAUAGAAAAAAACAAGUUACUUUAAAAAUUUUUCUAUCAUUCAAAUUAAUGAGAAAACGAUUUACCCAGUUCUUAGAACAAAUUUUUGAGACCAAGGGUGUGGUUUUAAGAUUUUACUGUUCAUUAUUGUAUGAGCACAACAGCUUUUUUUAGCUCCACUGUGCAUUUUGUGUUUAAGAUUACUUCUGUUCCUCUGGGGAAUGUCUACAUAUUUAUAAUUCUGCCUAUUUUAGUGGGACAUGAAAUUGUGUUUGGUUUGAGACCCCAUCAGUGAGCAAUUUUGUAGAUGGGAUGUCAUUGAUGAAGAAAACUCAAUCUAGUUCUUGAUUAGAGGACAGAUACUACUCUUUCACUUUGUAUUUGAAAAUAACAUUAAUCUAGGUUAUAAACAUUUAUGUUUUCCUCAUUAGUUAUUAUGUGCAUUUUUUGUGAUUCUUAAAAUAUUAGAUAGAGCUUCUGAUUUUAUCUCCAUGAAAUUGAAGAUAUGGAAAGAAAUGUGUUAUUUUCCAUAAGCAGCAUGUUCCCUAAAAGUUGUAUUAAACUAAAAUACAUUUUUACAUAGAGACUUAGAAAUCAUUUGUUUUGGUAAAAACAAAAUUUUGUUUUUCAAUUUUAUGUAAAAAAAAUAAAUUUUUCUCAGUCUACAGUCCAUCCAGGAACAUCCCAAAACCAGAAAGCAGAAAGAAUUUUCCCAGUGUAAUAUGGAACAUUAUCUGUGCUUAACAAGAGUUUACUUUUCUAACUAAAAGAUUUUAGAGCUUUUCUUAUUUUUAGAUUUUAGUUUGUACUUUUUCGUGUAUAUCUGGCAACAUGCAAUUAUUUAUAAAUCUCAUAGCCUCUUACCUAGAAUACUAUUGACGUCGUUGAAACUACCCGAUUGCACUCCUCUGAUGCCAUUUCUUCACCCCUCCUCAGAAGUAACCCCAAUCCUAACUUUUAAAUCAUAGUUAAAAAUAGUUUAACUAUGUAUGCGUGUAUCCUUAAAGAAUAUUGUUUAGGUUUUCUUAUUCCAGUAGUUUCCUUAAAGAAUAUUUGGUGUUGUCUGUGUGUAGGAUCAUAUCAUCUGUGAACAGGAAUCAUUUUACCAAUUCCUUUUCAAUUUGGGUGCCAUUAUUUCUUUUUCUUGCCUUAUUGCUUUAGCUAGGACUUCCAGCACAAGGUUAAAUAGGAGUGAUGAUAAGGGCCUCCAUGUCUUGUUUGUGUUCUCAGGGGGAAUGCUUUCAGCCUGUAUCCAUUGAGAAUGAUGCUGGCUUCUGGUUUGAUAUAGAUGUUCCUCAAAUUUCUCUACUAUUCCUAUUUUACUGAGGGCUUUUUUUUUUUUAUCAGGAAUAAGUGUUGGGCAUUAUCAAUUGUCAAUUGGCAUUAUCAUGAGAUUUUUUUCUUUCGUUCUUUUUGUAUGAUGGAUUAUGUUGAUUGAUUUUCUAAUGUCGAACCAUCCUUGUAUACAUAGUAUGAAUCCCACUUGGUAGUGUUGUGUUACUUUUUUAAUACGAUGCUGAAUUUUAUUGGCUAGAAUUUUGCUGAGCAUUUUUGCUUUUAUGUUUUAUUUUUUAUAUUUGUGUGUUUUCCUGGCUUUGGUACCAGGGUUUUACUGGCUUUAUAGAAUGAAUUUUGGGAGAUUUCCUUCAUUUCUUUGCUCUGAAAUAGUUUGAAUAGCACUGGUGUGAGUUCUUCUCGAAUAUUUGGUAGAAUUCUUCAGUGAAGCCGUCCAGGCCAGGGCUUUUAAUUGUUGGGAGUUUUUGUUUUGUUUUGUUUUGAACCCCAUUCAAUCUCUUUUCUUGUUAUGUAUUUUUCAGAUUUUCUAUCUCAGUUUUUGUUCAUUUAGGUAGGUAGUGUGUUUCUAGAAAUUUAUCUCUUUCCUCUAGUUUCUCGAAUUCGUUGGAGUACUAUUUUUCGUAGUGUUCUGUUAUGAUCUUUAUUUUAGCAAGGUUUGUUGUAAUGCCUCUCUUCUCAUCUUGUUUGGGUUAUUUGUUUCCUCUCCUAUUUUUCUUUUGUUAGUUUGUCCAGUUGUUUACUGAAUUUUUUGAUUGUUUCAAACAACAAAGUUUUGGUCUUGUUGAUUCUUUCUGUUUUUUUUUUUUUUUCCAGAUAUUUCAUUUAUUUCUGCUCUAAUCUUUGUUACUUCCUUUCUUCUGUUGACUGUGGCCUCUUUUUGUUAUUCUCAUACAGCUAUCAUUUUUAUUUUGGUGUGUUCUUCUAUUUUGAUGUUUGCAUUUAUUGCUAUAAAUUGACCUCUGAACACUGCCUUUGCUGUGUCUCAAAGGCUUUGAUAUGAUAUCUUUACAUUCUCAUUUAAUGCUAGGAAUUUUUUGAUUUCCUCUUUGAUUUCUUCUAUUAGUCAGUGCUUUUCAAGCAAGAUGUUAUUCAGGUUUCAUGUAUUUAAUUUUUUCCCUUGCUCUUCUUUUUGUUGAUUUCUACUUCUAUGGUGUUGUGAUUAGACAGAAUGUUUUGUAUUAUUUUAAUAUUUUGGAUUUUAUUGAGGGCAUUUUUUGGCCUAAAAUGUGGUCUAUUCUGAAGAAUGUUUCAUGUGUGUUGUAAAAAAUAUCCACUUUGCUGCUGUUUGGUGGAGUGUUCUAUAUAUGUCUCCGAGGUCAAGUUGGGUGAUCAUGGCCUUUAGAUCUUCUGUAUUUUUGCUGUGUUUCUUUCUAGAUGUUCUGUCUUUUAUAUAGUGGUGUGUUGAAGUCUUCCACUAUUAUUGUGGAACGGAGUAUUUCUCUUCUCCAUGCUCUUUUUUUUUUUUUUUUAUGGUCUUAGAGUUGGUUUUAUGUAUUUUGGAACCCAGUCAUUGAGUGUAUAGAUGAUAUUUGAUUGUCAUUUUAAUCAUUGUAUAAUGUCCUCCCUUGUCUUUCUGUUCAAUUUUGCCUUAAAUUUUACCUGAGAGUAAUAUUGCCAGUUCUACUCUUUUUUGGUUACUGUUUGCUUGAUAUAUUUUUUCUGUUUUUAAUUUUCAGUAUAUUAUGUGUUUUUGUCAGUGAUAUGUCUCUUGUGGGCAGCAUAUUGAUGAAUCUUUUUUUUUUUUAAUUCAUUCUGCCACUCUCUGUCUCUUUAUGUGUGCUUUUAAGCUAUUUACAUUCAGUGUAAUUAUUGACACAUGGGUGUGAAUUUAUUGCUGUCAUACUGUGCUUUUCUUCUGUGGUGCUGACGUUUUCUUUGUGCCUCUUACUUUCCCAUGCCAAGUUCCUUUUGUUUGUGGAUUUUCUUUUCUUCUUUCGUUACGGUAGAUUUUGUGUUUACUCUUUAUUAUUUUUUUGUUUUUUUUAUUUGGCUGGUUAGGUUUAUUAAGUUUCUUUGUGGUUUCCUUGAAUUUUACCCUUAUCUUCCUUAGUCUGAAUCAGUUGUUUAUUACCUGAUAUUGCUUUGAGUUCCUCUCCAUCUGAAAGUUCUAUACCUACCCAUUUAUUCUCCUUUUUAUUGUUUUGACAUUGUCAUCAUUUAUUGACUGACGUUUCUGUUUUACUUUCUGAGUCUUUAGCUUUAUUUUAGUAUUGAGAGUUCUUACCUAGGUUGGUAUCUGGCUGAUGCUUACCUAUGUCCUAGACUCCGGUUAUUGUUUAAUGUUGGUUCUCUAACAAAAGGUCUCCCUUUAAUGUUUCUUGUAAGUUUGGUUUUUUUUUUUUUAGAAUUCCACGAAUUUCUUUUUAUCUGGAUAAGUACUAAUUUUCCUAUUUUAUUGGAGAGUUUUGUUGGAUAUAUUAUUCUUGGCUGUCAAUUAUAUAUAUAUAUAUAUGUCGUCCCAUCAAUUUCUUGCCUGCAUUACUUUUGCCAAGUAAUCAUAGUUUAAUCUUAUUUUUUCCCUUUGUAAGGGACUUUUUGUUUUUUUCUAGAGCUGCUUUCAGGAUUCUUUCCUUAUCUUUGGUUUUGGCAAGUGUAGUAAUGAUAUAUCACAGUAACUUCUUUUGGAGUCCAUCCUAUAUAGGCUUCUUUGAGCUUACUGGAUCAUCACUUUUUCUUCUAUCAUGCUAUUUUGGAAGUUUUCUGUCAGCACAUCUUCAACAAUCUUCUCUGUGUUUUCCACAUUCUCCCCCUGUUCUGGAACUCCAAUAAUGUGCAAAUUUUUCCUCUUGAUUGUGUCCCACAUAAUUCUUAAUUUUUCUUCUUUGUCUUCUCUAAUUUUUCCUCAAAGUGGUAUCCAUAUAUUUGUCUUCAAUAUCACUGAUUCUGUCUUCCAUUGUUUCAAAUUUGCUUCUUAAGCCCUCUAUUAAGUUGUCUAUUUCUGAAAUUUUAUUAUCUUUCUGAUUUCUAGUUGCCUUUUCUCACGAUUUCUGAUUGUUUAUUUAGUGUGAUUGUUUUAUUCUUGUAUUAUUUGCCUGAAUUCUUCCAUAUUUUUGUCUGUGUUUUCCCUUUUUUAGGCUUUGUUUUCUUUUGUUCUUUUU